AUGUCUACCAACCAAGGAAAGACUAUGCCUUACGUUCGUCUUGGUUCCUCGGGACUAAAGGUCUCCAAAAUCAUUCUUGGAUGCAUGUCCUACGGCUCACCUGAGUGGCAAGCCUGGGUUCUGCCAGAAGAAGAAUCAAUCAAGCAUAUCAAGGCAGCCUACGAUGCUGGUAUCAACACCUUCGAUACAGCGAACGUCUAUUCAAAUGGACGAUCAGAGAUCAUCCUAGGAAAAGCCAUCAAGCAGCUCAAUCUCCCUCGCGAUGAGAUUGUGGUCAUGACGAAGGUGUUCUUCACUGUCGGAAAAACCGUGGACACGAUAAUGUUCGGUGCAGUCAACCCAGAUGACCAUGGCUACGUCAAUCAACAUGGUUUGAGUCGCAAGCAUAUAUUCGACUCCGUCAAGCUCAGUCUUGAGCGCUUGCAAUUGGACUACAUCGACGUCCUCCAAUGCCAUCGCUUCGAUCCCGAUGCACCUAUUGCUGAGACGAUGCAAGCCCUUCACGACGUCGUCCAGGCGGGAUACGUUCGAUACAUCGGCAUGUCUUCAUGCUGGGCUUGGCAAUUCCACGCGAUGCAAAACUAUGCCAUCAACAACAACCUGACACCUUUUAUCUCCAUGCAGAACCAUUAUAACUUGGUCUAUCGUGAGGAGGAACGAGAGAUGUUCCCUACUCUUAAGCAUCUGGGCGUUGGAGCUAUCCCAUGGUCUCCUCUUGCUCGCGGUCUCCUUACUAGGCCCCUCAACUCUGAGACCGUCCGCGGUAACACAGACAGAAUGAUCAAAGGAUACAACAAUAAAGGAAUAGAGUGUAUUAUCAGCUCCGUGCAAAAGAUCGCCGAAAAGAAAGGCAUUAGCAUGGCUCAAGUGGCCCUCGCCUGGAUCAUGGCCAAAGACGGCGUCUCGGCACCUAUCGUGGGAACCACCUCGCUAGAGAAUCUGAAUGACCUCCUCGGCGCCGUGAAUGUCAAACUUACGGACGAGGAGAUCAAGGAGCUCGAUGCCCCUUACGAGCCCCAAGCAACGUUCGGGCAUGACUAG